GCGAGUAUAUCCAGCCGACGAUAUACCGAUAGAGUGUUCUGCCGCCUUCAGUAGUCGGCGUAUGCUUGGCAUCUUCCUCCGGUCAUUCAAGUUACAUCCUGCAUCAAGCUUAAGGUUUCUAUUCUACCUUUUCUAUUCUACUUAGGCAGGAAUGGCUGCCUCUAAAGGCACCGUUGGGGAUGUGGUUACGAGUGACGAGGAUAAAGGUAAGUGAACCUUCCGCUUUCUCGCCUGCCAUGUUUCGCCUGAGAUUUACUAAAAUAUUGAUUUAUUGUUGCCUAGUGGCUAUCAUCUUGUAUAGCGAAGAUCAAUCUUCUUUGGUUCCGAAACGAAGAGUAAUCCUCACUACCAGUUAUCCGGUCCUCCGUAUCGGCCGAUCAUCCAAGGUGCAAAGCAAAGGUUUCAUUCCCGCUUUGGAUAACGCUUGGUUCGAUAACCCUGUUAUGUCACGAGAACACGCCGAGUUAUCUGCCAAAUUCGACGAGAACCCUAUUUCCGUUUUUCUCAAAGACGUCGGAUCUUUCCACGGCACGUUCAUACGCAACGGCAGCAACGAGACUCGACUUACCCAAAAUCAACCGAUUAAGUUGAAGGACGAGGAUAUCAUUCGAUUUGGAACUGAUAUUCUAAGAGCCGACAAGACCUACCCACCUUCUUCGGUCCGCUUCAAAAUGGAGACAAUGGAGACUCUGUACCCAAAACUUAUUAAUUCUCAACGCCGUGGCUUUACUGUCCCAGACGACGUAGAUGACGAGGAAGAUGAGCGCUGUGAAAAUGAGGGCGCCUCAAGCGACUUAGUAUCGAAACCCACAACAGCACUGGACAUCCCCGUGUCCAGUAAUGUUCUACCCAUCAAGAAGAGUACGCCUUCCUUUGUCGACUUGACUGUUGACGAUGAGUUGCCAUCCCACAUCAUGCUCCCCACCUGUUCUGAUGUGAAGAGCUGCAAUAUCAGUUCUGAUGUUAUUGAUUUGACGUCCGAAGCGAACUGCGAGUCUGAUGUGGAACCAUGUACAGUUGAUCGAAGAAGCCCACAGUGGCGCAAAACCCCUAUGCCAGCUUGCCCGGAUCCCCCUGCCCCUCGACCUCGUUCGGGAUCAAGGCAAACAUCGGAGGGGAAAGUUAUUAAUCUGGUCUCCUUCACACUGCCUCCAGAUGAUGAAGAGAUGUUCUCUAAGUAUCAUGAUGAUUCGAUUAAUGAAGACGAUGAGAGCGAAAAUGAGAUUAGUGAUCAUUCGGACUCUCUAUCAAUGUCUCCAUUGCUGUCUGAGUCAGACAUGGAUGAGAGAUCAGUCUCGGGAUCUUCGAAUGCCGAUAGCACGUUAUCCGACCUUGAAGACAGCGUCAGAGAUAGGUAUCAAGUGGGCAAAUACCAAUUGCACGAAAGUAAUGAGGAUGGUAUUCCAGAGCUUAUGUACCCAUACGACAGUAGUGACGAUAGCUAUUUCGAUGACGAGGAAGGACAAAUUGAUGAGGAUGAGGAUGAGGAUGAAAGUGAUGAUGAUGAGGAUGAUGCUUCGACCGCAUCACAUGAUCGGCUCAGCACGCCUUAUUCGCCUUAUCUUGAUCACCCAACUCCUGUUCACAGUGGGCUUCCUUCGGCUUCGGUCCCUUCUGCCCCUCCUUUCAACCCUCUUGGUUCCUACAACCGCGAUCCGAGCCCUUCCGAUGCUGCUCUAAUUAAAUCUCGUCGUCCGUUGUUGGAUAAUGUACCGAAUGAAAGCCGAGCUCAACAGCUUGGCGAGAAGACCGGUAAUCCCGUGUAUUUCUUAGCUAGAGAGCAGAACCGCACAGUUCUCAGUCCACAUGAUGAGCCCGCACCCAUCUCAGCCAUCAGAGAGACACUGCAAGCUGCUCAUUCUAAGAUUACUGCCGUUGUGCCAGAGGUAGCUGAAGAUUCUGGUAGCCCUUCGCCAUCCCUUUCUCACGCCGUAGAAGAAGAGCGCAAUAUUACGGUUGAGGCCAAGUUCAAUCUAAGAGCUAUCCAAGCGAAGUGGUCCAAGUUAGCCCAGGAUGCUUCCGAGGCGGCCGAUGCCAUAUCCAUCAAGCUAGGUGACACUGAUACCAACAAAUACUCAGCAUGGACUGUUUCUGGAGAUAACUUUAUCAAUAAGCCUCCUACUGAAGAGCCCUCAGUGUCCCAAACAGUUCAGUUCUCCCAACCAGGGGAGCUCGACAUGACUAGCGCUUAUAAAUUUCAACAGAGCAAACAAGAAUCGUUGAUGCAACCCUCUGCUGAAACUCGACGUGUGCCUAUUCGGGAUCUUUUGUCUUGGGAGCCAAAGUUGAAUACAAAUGAGAACAUGCAGCAAUUAAAGGGCCCAGCCCUUGCUCCUCCUGAGCCAUCAAUAGACUCUCAUAUGAACUGCGUUUCCACACCAAACAAGCGGUCAUAUGAGGAAGCUUUUCACAAAGAGGAAAAUGAAAGCAACGAACCCCACUUGACGAGUUCCUCUCACCUGCCUGUGGAACCGAACAGUCACGAGAAGGCGGAUACCCCUGCAUCGCACACGAAGCUUCCUACUCAGAAUGCUGCAUCUGCUCUCGUAGCCGCUCAGGCUGAAACAUUCCGACCUACAAAGCGAAUGCGAUUGGCUGCGGCUGUUAAAGUUGCAGCUUGCGUAGCAUUGGGAGGUGCAGCGACCUUCUCCUACCUAGUAAACACUGCUCCCGUCUUCUAAUAAUGUGGCGGCAUCUCGACCCCACCACACCAAAUCACUUCUACUGGCAGUUGCGGCGUUUUAUUUUGAGGUCGGCGUUGAUCGGCAGGGAAGAAGGCCUUAGGUAAUGUUACAUGAGGCCACAGCUUAGCCUCGGGUGGAGUUUUAUGGUUUGUGAACGUCAUGAUACCUAGGCAUUGUCCGCUAGGUAUUCGAUAGCUACAUGCUUUCACGAUUCGGUUUCACUUCUCUACCAUGUUUCGUAGCUUCUUAUUCUACCUA